CACAAGCACUGCAAAAAUCAGCCUGAACUAGGAAGUUUCUAACAAGCUAGAUUUUUAAGGCUUCAUUUCACUUCAAAUAAAGGAAACAAGCAGACGACACAUGAGCUUUACUACAGCAUUCCAAGCUAGCGAAUCCCUAGGCCCUAGCCUCCAAGGGAUUCCUUCUCCAAGCAGGACGUCCUCUCCUUGGCACGACUCCAAGGGAGAGGCGCUGAGCGACCCGCCGGCCCCGGGAGGCUGCGUGUAACUCGAGAGGGGCACUCACGGCGACCUUCCCCAGUACGUGGCAGGAGGAGAGGGUGGCAGCGAGCGUCACACACCGUGUCACACACCGUGUCACACACCGCAGCCUCCCGAGCGCCUUCGUGUCACCGCUUCCCACGGGCGCUGCAGCCAAAAACAAGCCCGCAUCCCCGAAUGGCAUCCACAGGAACCGAGAGCACAGGCUGGCGAGAUGCGAGCUGGAAGAAGAGUUUAACUAGCACAGCCCGACCCCUCCUACGAGCAAGGUGACGGCGGACAUGGAAACACGGAGAAUUCCAAGCAAGACAGGGGACGGGGGCGCUGAAAAUGAAGGGAAAAGGAACCACGCAGGGAAGACUUGCCACAAGCAAGAACAGCGGCUGCGGCGGGCCGCACACCAAAGCUGCCCCUCGUUGGCACAAACGCCUUUUCUGUUCCCGGUGACCUCACAAGUCGAGAGGCAGGGACGGCAGGCAAUCGGCAGGACCGGGCACCUCUCCGUGCCGAGCCCGCCUUGGAGCCCCGCCACCCUCCUCGCCGCUCACGUCACCGCCACGCGCAUCUCGCGUGCUCCGGACACACCCCCGCCAAGGGCUGCCAAAACCCGGGAUCCCGAACCCCGAUUGGCGGAUCCGCCCCCGCCUGCCCGAGCGCCCGGGGCUGCCAUGGGCGAGCAGGCGGCUGAGCCCCGGCGGCCCGGGGUCGGCGUGGGGGUGGUGGUCACCAGCGCCGCGCACCCCGACUGCGUCCUCCUGGGCAAGCGGAAAGGCGCGCUGGGCGCCGGCACCUACCAGCUCCCCGGAGGCCACCUGGAGUUCGGGGAGAGCCUGGCGGAGUGCGCGGCGCGGGAGACGCUGGAGGAGGCGGCGCUGCCGCUGCGCCACGUGCGGUUCGCGUCGGCCGUGAACGCGGUGUGCGCGUCCCAGCGCUACCACUAUGUCACCGUGCUCAUGAAGGGAGAGGCCGAGCCGGGCGCCGAGCCGCGCAACCAGGAGCCCGACAAGAACGAGGGCUGGGAAUGGGUCAAAUGGAAUGAAUUUCCUCCAGCAGACCAAUUGUUCUGGGCAUUGCGCUGUUUAAGAGAGCAAGGUUACAAUCCCUUCACAGAAGAACUCGAUCAUCUAAAGGGGUACACGGGAAGUCACCAAUUAGAGUAAAAACAAAGUGUAUGUUAUGUGACAAACUAAAGGACAGACCUGCUUUUUUGAUGUAGAAGAAAAAAAAGAUACGAAGCGCUCACCCUGCCCAUGUGAAAAUAUUGCCUUUCCCAAAGAAGAACAUGCCAACUGUUUCAGUGUUUUUCCCAUAUUUCACACAACAGUUGUCUCUCAUUCCAGACCCAUUUCUAGGUUUAGCAGCUAACAAUUAAGGUUUGCUUUUACAGAAAAUUCAGUGUUUUAUCUAGUUAAUCUUUAUAUUGAUGAACAGCCAUUUGGAAAUCAGCACUAGCCAGGGAAGCUUACUCUCUUAAAAGCAGUUGCAGCAAAACUUACUCAUUUAAACCUGCUUUCCUGUAAUUAUUGGACCAAUUUUAAAACUUAGCCUAGUCUCUUAGCUUCAGUUAUGAAACUACUGUCAUGAACAAAAGUUACAUUUAAUAGACAAUGCCUUUUUUCCCUGCAGACAGCAGUAUACACUUGAAAAUCAAAAGACUAUUAUAAAUGUGCAAAGAUUGUAAUGACUUAUUGCAGGGAAUGAAAAUUCCCUAACCCUUCUUGCCAGUUGCUUUCAUAACAGACUUCUGUUAUAGCCUCAGUUACAUUGAAUUUAUGUGCAGAAAUGUCUCAGAUCUCUGCAACUGACCAGAGUUUGUACUGAAUUCUUGGAAUGCAGAGGUGCCUACUCUACUAGGCUGACACAAAUCUCGUUUAUAGGUGUAGCUCCAUGGCAAAAAUCAUACUUUGUGGCUAAAAAGAGUUGUCAGUAUUAAACAGCACAGAUGGGUGCAGUUCUGUACGGCUGGCUAUUGAGAUUUGGUAAAAUUUUGAAUUUUCAGUUUGACUGAUUAAAUGACUAAGUCGUUAGUGAAUGAAAUUACAGCACCCAACAGUACAUACAAAACCAAGGAGUUAAUAUUUUUAAUUUUUCUAGAAUCUGUAAGUAAUUUUGAUUCUUUUCCAGCUGUUGUCAUAAGACAUCAGCAAUUAAUUUUAAGAUAUAACUUUUAAAUAAAUCACUAGUUGGCUCAUUUUUUUUCUUGUCAGGGUUCUUUAUAGCACAUCUCUUGUCUAUUUCCUUUAGAUAUACUCAUUGUACAAAAAUGUUGUAAGAUAUCUUUAAUUUCUUUUGAAUAAAGUACAGGUACAAUACUGAGAGAUUAAAAUUGCCUGAAGUUAUGAACUGACUUCUCAGUUCUUAAAAGAAAUCAGCUUGAGGGAUUUAAAGCUCUUCCUUGCUUUGAACAUACAUUUUUUUAAAUGGAGAUGGCUCUUCUGGCUGAGAAACAGACAGAGUGAUGAGUCAUAAGGAUGCUACUGCCCCUAGCAAUCCUCCUGCUUAGAGUUUGAAGUAUUAAUUACGUGCAACUUCCCUUAGGACAGACACCCGUUCUCUGAAGUCAAGAAAGAAGUAACGUUACACAGCAGUCUUGAAACGGGAAGUUUCUCCAAAAAUUGCUACUGUAACUUUGUAAAAAGCUUAUUUUUCUAUUCAAAAGUGGAGACUUGCUUCCUGCAAGCAACCUUAUGUACACUGAAAAUUAUUCCGUUCAGCUGUCAACACAGAAGCUGUAGGAAGAGUUGACAGAUGUCCUGCCCAUCUGUCACAAAGAAUAAUAAAGAAAAAAAAAUUAAAUUAUUUAGUACAAUUUUAAAUUUUAGAAAACAUCUAUGUAUUGAUGAGAAAAUAGGGACCACUGUAAAAUGGUAUGUCAUGCAAUAAAUACUUUCUUGGCAUAUUUUGCUAAUGGUUA